AGUCGGAGCGCCAGCGUCGCUCAACGUGUUCCUCAAGCAGCGAGCUCGUCUACCCGGUCCCCAGGCUCUCAUGCACAGAAAUACGAUGCAUAUACAUAGGAACUUCUCGAAGGCCAGCCGUUGCCUCUCACCGCCAUGGCAGACCGCGCGGAGUCUCUCAAGUCGGAGCUCACCACGGUGGAGAAGCAGCCCGACGCGGCUGCGAUGAAGACGGCGGAGGUGGGCAGGAAAGGUUUCCUCGGACAAAUAUUACAGAGCAAGCCUCCUCCGCCUCCGACGGGCGACAUCGAGAAUGCGCCUCUCAUACCAGAGAAGACAGCAUCCUGGCUGUCCAUCCUGUUCUUCCAAUGGAUCACACCGAUGCUCGCCCUUGGCUAUGCGCGUCCCCUGGAGGCCUCCGAUCUAUGGAGGCUUCAAGAGAGCCGCAUGUCUGCGCACACGGCGUCGCGUAUCGUUGAGUCCUUCGAGCGACGGCGCGCGAAGGCCGAGGAGUACAACAAGCGCCUAGCCGCAGGCGAGAUCAGGCCACCAUUGCGCAAACGGCUGCUAUGGUCUGUCCGCGGUCAGCGAGAAGCGCAGGAACGCAAGUGGAGGGAGGUCGACGGCAAGCGCAAGCCCAGCCUCGCUCUGGCGCUCAGCGAUGCGAUCUUCUGGUGGUUCUGGAUCGGCGGCAUCCUCAAGGUCAUCGGCGACACAGCCCAGGUUACCAGCCCCCUCCUCGUCAAGGCCAUCAUCAAGUUCGGCACGGAUUCGUACGCGGCGCACCUUCGAGGGGACAAUAGCGCCGCGCCACCCAUUGGCAAGGGCGUAGGCCUCGCGGUCGGGCUUUUUCUCUUGCAGUUCGUCGCGUCGCUGGGAACGCACCACUUCUUCUAUCGGGCUGCAUCGUCUGGUGUGUUGUUGCGCGGCGGACUCAUCACGGCUAUAUACUCGCGCUCGCUUAAGCUCACCAAUAAGGCGCGAAGCACUCUGACGAACGGCAAGCUCGUGAACCACAUCUCGACCGAUGUCUCUCGUAUCGAUAUCUGCGCUAGUUACUUCCAUAUGUCCUGGACCGCCCCCAUCCAACUCGCCAUCUGCCUCGCCCUCCUCAUCGUCAACCUCGGCCCCAGCGCCCUCGCCGGCUUUGCCCUCUUCUUCCUCGGCUCCCCGCUCCAGACCCAGACCAUGAAGGCGCUCUUCAAGCUCCGCAAGAAGAGCAUGGGCUGGACGGACAAGCGCGCGAAGCUGUUACAGGAACUCCUCGGCGGCAUUCGCGUCAUCAAGGUGUUCAACUGGGAGGCGCCGUUCCUGAAGAGGAUCGAGGAAUACCGCAAGCGCGAGAUGGGGUAUGUGAGGUCGUUGUUGAUUGCGAGGUCGGCGAAUUAUGCGGCGGCGUUGUCGCUGCCGGUGCUGGCGUCGGUGUUGGCGUUUGUGACUUACUCACUCACGGGUCACGCCAUGGACGCCGCCAAUGUCUUCUCGUCGCUAACUUUGUUUACACUCCUCCGGAUGCCUCUGAUGAUGCUGCCGAUGUCCCUCAGCACCAUCGCGGACGCCACGAACGCCGUCAACCGCCUCACGGACGUAUUCACCGCCGAGACCUUCGGCGAGACGCAGAUCCACGACCAUGGCAUCGCGGAGGCUCUCAUUGUUGAGCACGCGUCGUUUUCUUGGGACGCUCCGCCGCAGGAGGAGGAAUCCAAGGGCAAGAAGUCGACAAAGGGCCAGCCUGCUCCAGUCAAACGACACGCGCCUGCUGAGAAAGCGGCCGACCCGAAGCAGGAGGAGCCGAUCUUCCAGGUCAAGGACAUCACCUUGUCUGUCUCGCGCGGCCAGUUGGUCGCCAUCGUAGGAUCGACGGGGUCGGGGAAGACGUCCCUCAUCCAAGGUCUUGUCGGCGAGAUGCGCAAGACGGAGGGCACGGUUAUUUGGGGUGGGUCUCUCAGCUACUGCCCGCAAAGCGCUUGGAUCCAGAACGCCACCAUCCGCGAGAAUAUCUGCUUUGGCCGGCAGUUCGAGGAGAAGAAGUACUGGGCCGCUGUUCGCGAUGCAUGCUUGGAGCCUGAUCUUGACAUGCUUCCGAACGGUGACAUGACGGAAGUUGGAGAGAAGGGUAUCUCCCUCUCUGGCGGUCAGAAGCAGCGCCUGAACAUCUGCCGUGCCAUAUACGCUGACGCCGACAUCACCAUCUUUGACGACCCCUUCUCUGCCCUCGACGCUCACGUCGGCAAGGCCGUCUUCCAAAACGUCCUCAUGAACGGCCGCCUCGGCAAGACGCGCAUCCUCGUCACGCACGCGCUUCACUUCCUCCCCCAAGUCGACUACAUCUACACCGUUGCGGACGGGCGCAUCGUCGAGCGCGGGACGUACGCCGAGCUGAUGUCUAACAACGGGGACUUCUCGCGGUUCGUGAACGAGUUUGGGACGCAGGCGGAGGAGAAGGAGAAGGAAGAGGAAGAGGGGAUUGUUGAGGACGCGGAGGGGGCAGUGAAGGGGAAGGCAGCGGAGGCGGCCGUGGUGAAGACGCCGAAGAAGAAUGUGGCGGGGCCGGGGAUCAUGCAGGAGGAGGAGCGAAGGACGGGGGCGGUGUCGACGGAGAUCUAUGCAGAGUAUGCGAAGGCGGCGCAUGGGUAUAUCGUGAUCCCGUUACUGCUGGCGUCGUUGGUGCUUCUGCAAGGCACGACGGUCAUGUCUUCGUACUGGCUUGUGUGGUGGCAGGAAAAUACCUUCAACCAGGGUGCGGGAUUCUAUAUGGGCAUUUACGCCGCCCUCGGCGUCGCGCAGGCCGUCACUCUAUUUUUCAUGGGCUGCUGCUUCGCCAUGCUCACCUACUUUUCCUCGCAACGUCUCCACAAAUGGUCCAUUCAGUCUGUUCUACACGCGCCCAUGUCGUUCUUCGAGACCACUCCGCUUGGCCGCAUCAUGAAUCGCUUCUCCAAGGACAUCGACACCAUCGACAAUACCCUCGGCGAGUCUAUCCGGAUGUUCGCCAACACGUUCUCUGGCAUCUUGGGCGCAGUCAUCCUGAUCGCUAUCGUUCUUCCGUGGUUCUUGAUUGCGGUGGCGGUUGUCAUGCUCAUCUACCUCUAUGCGGCGACGUAUUACAGGGCAAGUGCGAGAGAGCUGAAGCGUCUCGAUAACGUCUUACGGUCCUCGGUGUACGCUCACUUCUCGGAAAGCUUGUCCGGCCUGGCGACCAUCCGGGCUUACGGUGAAGCGGAGCGGUUCAAGAAAGACAACGAGAAACACGUCAACAUCGAGAAUCGGGCGUACUGGCUCACAGUGGCGAAUCAACGCUGGCUCGCUAUCCGCCUGGACGCGAUGGGAGCGACGCUGACCUUCGUCGUGGCCAUACUCGCGGUGGGAACCCGCUUCUCCAUCUCGCCCUCACAAACCGGUGUGGUCUUGUCGUACAUCCUGAGCGUCCAGCAGUCGUUCGGUUGGAUGGUAAAGCAGUGGGCUGAAGCGGAGAACAACAUGAGCUCGGUCGAACGCCUGGUACACUACGCGCGCGAGAUCGAGCAGGAGCCCGCGUACUACAUCCCGGAGAACAAGCCGCCUGCGCCCUGGCCGUUGAAGGGCGAAAUCGAGAUGAAGGACAUCGUCAUGAAGUACCGCCCGGAGCUGCCGGCGGUGGUCAAGGGCGUGUCGAUGAAAAUUGCCUCCGGCGAGAAGAUAGGCAUUGUCGGUCGCACUGGCGCUGGCAAAUCGUCGAUCAUGACGGCACUCUUCCGUCUGGUUGAGCUAUCGUCCGGGUCCAUUGUCAUCGACGGCGUCGAUAUUUCCACUGUAGGAUUGGCCAACCUUCGUAGUGGUCUCUCCAUCAUCCCUCAGGAUCCAUUGCUCUUCUCUGGCACCCUUCGUUCGAACUUGGAUCCCUUCGGUCUACACGAUGAUGCGAGACUAUGGGACGCGCUCAAGCGUUCGUAUCUCGUUGAGACUUCGAAGGCUGAUGACGGCAAUGAUAUCCCCGAGAGCACUCUCACUCCAGUGAACCGAUUCACGUUGGACUCCGUCAUUGAGGAUGAGGGCAACAAUCUGUCCAUAGGACAGCGAUCAUUGGUAUCUCUGGCUCGCGCUCUCGUCAAGGACACCAACAUCCUGAUCCUCGACGAGGGUACCGCAUCCGUCGACUAUGAGACCGACAGGAACAUCCAGGACACCAUCGCGCGGGAGUUCAAGGAUCGCACCAUCCUAUGCAUCGCCCACCGUCUACGGACCAUCAUCGGCUACGACCGCAUCUGCGUGAUGGACGCUGGCCGGAUAGCGGAGUUCGACAGCCCCGCCGUCCUAUUCGAGAAGUCGGACGGCAUCUUUAGGAGCAUGUGCGAGCGCUCGAGUAUCACGCUCGAGGAUAUCAGGCUGGCUGCGACAGGCCGUGCUGAUGAAGAGCUCUCAUGAACGCACAGCGCUGCAUAGCUACGUUUAUUGGAGAGGACAGGGGCGGACAUUACCUUUUGGAAUGGACAUUAUAAUAGUUACGCGACUAAUACAGCACUACCUGGCGAGUCCGCCAAAUAUUUAAGCACACUACGUAGCACUCUUAGCGUGUCUCUCUGUCUUUCACUUACCCGUCAUUCCCAUUACAUCUGUGCACAUCGUUGUACAUGCGCGAGUGAUCGUGGGAG